CUUGCGGGUGAAAGGAUCAAAAUUAACAGAGCGUGAAACUAUAAUUUUUCUGUGUUCGUUGGUUGGAAUCUGUGAAAGGAAAAUAAGUUUAUCGUAUAAAGUUUUUGCGCGUGUAUUUUUUUCACUUUGUUGUCCGCUACUAUAUGUACAUAAUACGAAAGCUCGCCGGUGUUUAAAUAAACGGAAUACUUUUUAUCCUGUAAUUUUUGUUUCAAAACCAAAAUUCCGAUGUGUCUUUUUUUUUUUACCACCGUUACUUUCUGUUCACUGUUUGGACUGUUAUAAAUACCUGUCACUGACACAUCUAAUAAUGAUGAUCUCGUAUAUAAUACAGGUAAGUGGAUGUAGAGUUGAAUAAAAAAGAAUUUUAAAAAAGGAUUCGGCAAAUUAUACCGACAAGAAAUUGCAUUUGGUGUGCUACUGUUAGAAUGAAUGAAUUUUUAGUAAAAAAUAUUUACACAAAUAGGCGCAGGAGUGGCUGUGUGGUAAGUAGCUUGCUUACCAGCCACAUGGUCCCGGAUUCAUUCCCACUGCGUGGCACCUUGGGCAAGUGUCUUCUACUAUAGUCUCGGGCCGACCAAAGCCUUGUGAGUGGAUUUGGAAGACGGAAACUGAAAGAAGCCCGUCGUAUAUAUGUAUAUCUAUGUAUGUAUGUGUGUAUGUUUAUGUCUGUGUUUGUCCCCCAACAUCGCUUGACAACCGAUGCUGGUGAGUUUACGUCCCCGUAACUUAGCGGUUCGGCAAGAGACCGAUAGAAUAAGUACUAGGCUUCCAAAAGAAUAAGCCCUGGGGUCGAUUUGCUCGACUAAUGGCGGUGCUCCAGCAUGGCCGCAGUCAAAAGACUGAAACAAGUAAAAGAGUAAAGAAAUAAUCGCGCGUGGCAUUAUUCCUGUAUAGAACUCUCUAAUGAUGAGAGGUGAAUUCUUCCCACACCAGUAUAUCAACCUCACUCUACUAUAAACUUUAUUAUCUGAUGACAUUUAUCAACUUUUGAAGAUUAAAAAUAACUUUAGGUUGAAUGGAUAUAGAAUAUUUCCUUGAAAUUAAGAUUUUGUAUAAACAUUUUGAAACAUAUUUACUGGAAGAUUUUCUGUACAGAUUAAACUUGAAGAUUUGCUGUGAAGCCUUAACUUACAUGUAUGUAUGGAAGAUGGACGUUAAACGCUGAUGAUGAUGAUGUAUAGACUAAUAUCUGGAUAAUUGGAGCAAAUUUAAGAGUCUUUUAGUUGCUGGUUAUUACUAACAAGAUUCUAUUCUAAUAAAUAUAUUUGAAAGUCUUUUUUCAUCUUAUAAAUUAUCAAGAAAAAAAGAUAGAAUUGAAAAGAUUAAAAUAAAAUUAUGGAAGUGAAAUUGAAUGGAAAGCAGGUGGACAGUGGGUCACAAACUGAGAAUACUGAAUUAGCAAUUGAGACACAGAAAAUUACUAGGAAGAAAUCCUACCCUUGUGAUGUAUGUGGCAAAGUAUUCAUUGCCAGAAAAAAUUUAAUUCAACAUAAGUUAAUUCAUUCAAUGUCAAAGCAGUAUCACUGUGAGGUUUGCAGUAAAUGGUUCUCUACAAGUAGCUUGCUCUCUCAACACAUACGUAUUCAUACAGGGGAAAGACCAUAUCACUGUGAUACCUGUGGUAAAACAUUCUCUCAGAAAGGUCAUUUGUCUGAACACAAACGUAUUCACACAGGUGAGAAACCUUAUCGAUGUGAUAUCUGUGGUGAAACAUUUUCUAGAAGUUCUCAUUUGUGCCGACACAAACGUAUUCACACAGGAGAGAAACCAUAUCGCUGUAAUUUCUGUGACAAAGCAUUCUCUCAAAGUGGCCAGUUAUCUGAACAUAGACGUGUUCACACAGGAGAAAAACCAUAUCGCUGUGAUAUCUGUGGUAAGACUUUCUCUCAGAAUAGUAACCUUUCUUCCCAUAAACAUAUUCACACAAAUGAAAAAAAUAGUUGUGAUACGUGUGGUAAAACAUUUUCUAGUCCAGGUAAUUUAUCUGCCCACAAACGAAUCCACACAGGAGAGAAACCAUAUCUCUGUGAUAUCUGUCAUAAAACAUUCUCUGCAAGUGGUCAGUUAUCUCGACAUAGACGUAUACACACAGGGGAGAAACCAUUCCAUUGUGAUAUAUGUGGUAAGAAAUUUUCACAAAGUGGUCAUUUGUCUUCUCAUAAGCAUUUUCACACAGGAGAGAAACCGCACCACUGUGAUAUCUGUGAUAAAACAUUCUCACAAAGUGGUCAUUUAUUUCAGCACAAACGUAUUCACACAGGAGAAAAACCAUACCAUUGUGAUGUCUGUGGCAAAUCAUUCACUGAAAAUGGUCAUUUAUUGACCCACAAACGCAUUCACACAGGAGAGAAACCAUACUGCUGUGAUGUCUGUGGAAAAAAAUUCUCAACAAGUAGUUAUGUAUCUCAGCACAUGCGUAUUCACACAGGAGAGAAACCAUUUCAUUGCGAUAUCUGUGGCAAAGCAUUCUCUCAAAGUAGUAGUUUAUCUUCUCAUAAAUAUAUUCACACAAGAAAAAAGCCAUUUCACUGUGAUAUCUGUGAUGAAACAUUCUCUCAAAGCAAUAGUUUAUCUGCUCAUAAAGUAUUUCACACAAGAGGAAAACCAUAUCACUGUGAAAUCUGUGGUAAAACAUUUGCCAGCAAAAGCAAUUUAUCUUCUCACAAGCGUAUCCAUACGGGAGAAAAGCCAUACCAUUGUGAAAUUUGUGGGAAAGCAUUUUCUGGGAUUGGUGAUUUAUCUCGACACAAACGUAUUCAUACAGGAGAGAAACCAUUCCACUGUGAUAUAUGUGGUAAAACAUUCUCGCAAAGUGGUACUCUAUUUAGGCAUAAGCAUAUUCACAUAACAGAAAAAUUAUUCUAACAUCUGCAUUAUACUGUCAUUGAAUGAUAAAUGUUUUCUCUUGUAAGAAACUAUGUUGAGGAAUUUUACAAAUAAGUAUCACUUUUGCCAUAAAUUUGUUCUUUUAUUUACAUUAGGAGUACAGCAAGUAAAAUAUAUAUCAGUGUAUUGUAGUGUAAAACUCUAAUUUCUCAUAAUAUUUUCCCUUGUAAAAAUGUGUUUUUACAAAGGAGAUAUGAUAGCUAAAGGAUCAUAAAAAUAUUCACACGACUCACAUGGCUAUAACAAUGAUAUACGUGAUAAUACUUUCUGCUUAGAUGUAAACACCAUAUAUAUUCUUAAAUAUUAUAAAAUAAUAUUUAAAUUAGUUCAAACGGAACUUUAAAUGACAAUCUGCCUACUAGAAUAUUCAAGUAGUUAACCCACUACUUUUAGAGUAAACUGUCACAAGUAUGAGAAAAUUUGUAGAAUUAUACAAAAUACAACUUCAUUAAAAUAAAACCUUGAAAUAUCAAUUUGUGUUGUUUUUCAUUUGUUCUGAGCACUCUGUAUUGGUAACUGUCAGCAAUAAUGUUUUCUGUCAUUUAGUGCACAUCUAAUUAUUUUUGAAUUAGGCAAAAGGCCAGUAAUUUGGCAGGUGGUGUUAGUCAAUACCACCAACUCUAGUAUUUAAUUAAUAAUUAUUUCUAAUAUAGGCUGACCAAAACCUGAUGAAUGGAUUUGGUAAAAAGAAACUGAAUGAAGCUCACCAUAUUGUGCUCAGCUAUGUGUAUAGGUGUAGCUGUGUUUGAGAGAUUUGUUUCCUAACCAUGUGAUCUUUGGUUCAGCCCUACUAUGCAGGGA